AUGGCAGAGACCGGACCGAGGGGCUGGCUGCUGUGGGCUCUGCUCCUACACUUGGCCCAGGCUGAGCUGUAUACACCCAUCCACCAGACUGGCUACUGCGCCUUCUAUGACGAGUGCGGCAAGAAUCCAGAGCUGUCCGGAGGCCUGGCUCCUCUGUCCAAUGUGUCCUGCCUGUCCAACACGCCCGCCCGCCGCCUCGCCGGCGAGCACCUGGCCCUCCUGCGGCGCAUCUGCCCCCGCCUGUAUAGUGGUCCCGACACCACCUACGCCUGCUGCUCCGCCAAGCAGCUGGUGUCCCUGGAGGCGAGCCUGGCGGUCACCAAGGCGCUCCUCACACGCUGCCCGGCCUGCUCCGACAACUUCGUGAGUCUGCACUGCCACAACACCUGCAGCCCCAACCAGAGCCUCUUUGUCAACGUCACACGCGUGGUAGUGCGCGGGGGUGGCCAGCCACCGGCCGUGGUGGCCUACGAGGCCUUCUACCAGAGCAGCUUCGCCGGGCAGACCUACGACUCAUGCAGCCGGGUGCGCGUCCCCGCAGCGGCCACACUGGCCGUGGGUGCCAUGUGUGGUGUCUACGGCUCCGCCCUCUGCAAUGCGCAGCGCUGGCUCAAUUUCCAGGGGGACACGGGGAACGGCCUGGCCCCCCUGGACAUCACCUUCUACCUCUGGGAGCCUGGCCAGAUGCCAGGGAGUGGGAUGCAGCCUCUGAACGGGGAGGUCGCGCCUUGCAAUGAGUCCCAGGCAGACGGCGGGGCUGCCUGCUCCUGCCAGGACUGUGCUGCCUCCUGCCCCGUCAUCACGCGGCCCCAGCCCCUGGAUGCCACCUUCUACCUGGGCCGGAUGGCAGGCGGGCUGGCCCUCGUCAUCGCCCUCUGCUCUGCCUUCGCCGUGCUAACCGCCUUCCUGGCGGGGCCCCGCCUGGCCUCCCGCUGGCGCAAGGGCAAGUCGCUGGACCCCAUGGCAGGCACGAGCCUCUCUGACAGACUGAGCCUGUCCACGCAUAGCCUCCUGGGCCGUUGCUUCCAGGGCUGGGGCACGUGGGUGGCCUUGUGGCCGCUGACCGUCCUGCUGGUGUCUAUCACUGUGGUGCUGGCCUUGUCAGGAGGCCUGGCCUUCGUGGAGCUGACCACAGACCCGGUGGAGCUGUGGUCGGCCCCCAACAGCCAGGCCCGGAGGGAGAAGGCAUUUCACGACGAGCACUUCGGCCCUUUCUUCCGAACCAACCAGGUGAUCCUGACGGCGCCCCAGCGGCCUGGCUCCAGGUAUGACUCCCUGCUGCUGGGGCCCAAGAACUUCAGUGGGGUCCUGGCCCCCGACAUUCUGCUGGAGGUGCUGGAGCUGCAGGAGACCCUGCGGCACCUCCAGGUGUGGUCGCCUGAGGAGCAGCGGAACGUGUCACUGCAGGACGUUUGCUUCGCGCCCCUCAACCCGUACAAUGCCAGCCUCUCUGACUGCUGCGUCAACAGCCUCUUGCAGUAUUUCCAGAACAACCGCACGCGCCUGCUGCUCACGGCCAACCAGACACUGACAGGACAGACCUCCCAAGUGGACUGGAGGGACCACUUUCUCUACUGUGCUAACGCCCCGCUCACCUUCAAGGAUGGCACAGCCCUGGCCCUGAGCUGCAUGGCUGACUAUGGGGGCCCUAUCUUCCCUUUUCUUGCUGUGGGGGGCUAUAAAGGAAAGGACUACUCUGAGGCAGAGGCCCUGAUCAUGACCUUCUCCCUUAACAACUACGCCCCUGAGGACCCUCGGCUGGCGCAGGCAAAGCUCUGGGAGGGGGCCUUCUUGGAGGAGAUGAGAGCUUUCCAGCGGCGGACAGCCGGCAGGUUCCAGGUCACGUUCAUGGCGGAGCGCUCCCUGGAGGACGAGAUCAACCGAACCACGGCCCAGGACCUGCCUAUCUUCGGGGUCAGCUACAUUGUCAUCUUCCUGUACAUCUCCCUGGCCCUGGGCAGCUACUCCAGCUGGCGCCGGGUGGCGGUGGACACCAAGGCCACGCUGGGUCUGGGCGGGGUGGCCGUGGUGCUGGGAGCGGUCACGGCGGCCAUGGGCCUCUUCUCGUACCUGGGCGUCCCCUCCUCCCUGGUGAUCCUUCAGGUGGUACCUUUCCUGGUGCUGGCCGUGGGGGCCGACAACAUCUUCAUCUUCGUGCUCGAGUACCAGAGGCUGCCACGGAGGCCUGGGGAGCAGCGAGAGGCCCACAUCGGCCGUGCGCUGGGCAGGGUGGCUCCCAGCAUGCUGCUCUGCAGCCUCUCCGAGGCCAUCUGCUUCUUCCUUGGGGCUCUCACCCCCAUGCCAGCGGUGAGGACCUUCGCCCUGACCUCCGGCUUGGCCAUCAUCCUGGACUUCCUGCUGCAGGUGUCUGCCUUUGUGGCCCUGCUGUCUCUGGACAGCAGGCGGCAGGAGGCCUCCCGGAUGGAUGUCUGCUGCUGCGUUGGCGCCCGGGAGCUGCCCCCAGAUGACCAAAGUGAGGGGCUCCUGCUCCGAUUCUUCCGCAAGAUCUACGUCCCGCUCCUCCUGCACCGGGUCACUCGUGUGGUUGUGCUGCUGCUGUUCACCGGCCUGUUUGGAGUCGGGUUGUACUUCAUGUGCCAGGUCAGCAUGGGGCUGGAUCAGGAGCUGGCCUUGCCUAAGGACUCGUACCUGCUCGACUACUUCCUCUUUCUGAACCGCUACUUUGAGGUGGGGGCUCCAGUCUACUUUGUCACCACUGGGGGCUACAACUUCUCCAGCGAGGCGGGUAUGAAUGCCAUUUGCUCGAGCGCAGGAUGCGACACCUUCUCCUUAACCCAGAAAAUACAAUUUGCCACUGAGUUCCCCGACGAGUCUUACCUGGCCAUCCCCGCCUCUUCCUGGGUGGACGACUUCAUUGACUGGCUAACCCCAUCUUCCUGCUGCCGCCUAUAUGCCUUUGGUGCCAAUAAAGAUAAAUUCUGCCCCUCGACCGUCAACUCCCUGGCCUGCUUGAAGAGCUGCGUGAACUUCACCCUGGGCCCCAUCCGGCCAUCAGUGGAGCAGUUCCACAAAUACCUGCCCUGGUUCCUGGAAGAUCCGCCCAACAUCAAGUGUCCCAAAGGUGGACUGGCAGCGUAUAGUACCUCCGUGGAUUUGGGACUCGAUAACCAGGUAUUAGCCUCGCGUUUCAUGGCCUACCACAAGCCACUGCGGAACUCGCAGGAUUACACGGAAGCCCUGCGGGCGGCGCGUGCGCUAGCGGCCAACAUCACCGCCCACCUGCGGCAGGUGCCGGGCACUGACCCGGCCUUCGAAGUCUUCCCUUACACGAUCACCAACGUAUUCUACGAGCAGUACCUGACCGUGGUCCCCGAGGGCCUCUUCAUGCUCGCCGUGUGCCUGCUGCCCACCUUCGCCGUCUGCUGCCUGCUGCUGGGCAUGGACCUGCGCUCCGGCCUCCUCAACCUGUUCUCCAUCGUCAUGAUCCUCGUGGACACCGUGGGCUUCAUGGCCCUAUGGGGCAUCAGCUACAAUGCUGUGUCCCUCAUCAACUUGGUCACGGCGGUGGGCAUCUCCGUAGAGUUUGUGUCCCAUAUCACCCGUGCCUUUGCCAUCAGCACCCGGCUCACCCGGCUGGAGAGGGCCAAGGAGGCCACGGUCUUCAUGGGCAGCGCGGUGUUCGCGGGAGUGGCCAUGACCAAUCUGCCAGGCAUCCUCGUCCUGGGCUUGGCCAAAGCGCAGCUCAUCCAGAUCUUCUUCUUCCGCCUCAACCUCCUCAUCACCCUGCUGGGCCUGCUGCACGGCUUGGUCUUCCUGCCAGUGGUCCUCAGCUUCCUGGGGCCUGAUGUCAAUGCUGCUCUGGUGCUGGAGGAGAAGAUGGAGGAGGCCGCCAGGGCCAGGAUGGCCUCCUGCCCGACCCACCCGGCCCCACCAUCCAAGGCCAGCAGCACCUACGUCAACCAUGGCUUUGAACACCCUGCCAAGAGCAUGGGUGGCGCUGAUGGUUCUCUGUCCCCCAGUGGGCAGGGGUUCUGAGGAGCAGACCCUGUCCCGGCUCACCAGCCCUGACCCCAGGAGCCAUGCGGGUUUCCUCCCGCGUCCUCCGUCCUCCGACUCAGGGCCUAGGAGAGGCAUUCCCCAUGGGAGUGUCUGAGGCAGAGCGGUCAGUCUCCGGCAACCAGGUGGGACCUGAGAGGACAUUGUGAGGAUGAAGGUGGCGUGUGGCAGCGUGGGUGUGGCCUGUUCCUGACCUGUC